GCAUUUGAAGUAACAUGCGAAUUUCUACAUGGUGGUUAUACCUUAAUAAUGUCGCGGGAUAAAGCCUGUCAAGAUUUAUCCUUUAACAGGAAUAUGGCAGAAUAUGUUUAUGGUUUUGGAGACGCCGAUGGUGAUCAUUGGUUAGGACUUACCAGAAUGAAGAAAAUUUUAAAUAACCAUCCAAAAAACAGACUAUCGGUUGUCUUUUUUGGAACAAACUACUGCGAAAAUGUCUAUAGUAAUUUUUCUAUUGGCACGAUUGCAGAAAGGUAUACAAUUACUCUUGGAGAUUAUGACACAGGGGCUUUUCACCGAUGUGGCGACUCGUUAAGAGGAGCCGUGGAUAUUGAAGGAUCUCCCUUCUCAGCUCCUGGUUCCGAUCAAACCUCCUUCAACUGUGCUAAUAAUCGUCAAGGUGGUUGGUGGUAU